AUGGAAGGUUUUCUGGUGGGCGCAGCAACAGGGGCACUCAAGGCUGUCACUGUGAAGCUAGCAACUUUGCUUGGUGAUCAAUUCAAGAACAUGAAAGAUGUGCGAAAGGAGAUCAAGCCUCUCUUUGAUGAGCUUAACUACAUGCAUGCCUUCCUCGAGAAGAUGUCAGAGGAGGAGAAUCCUGAUAACCAAGACAAGAUAUGGAUGACAGAUGUGAGGGAGAUGUCAUACGACAUCGAGGAUAGUCUCGAUGACUUUAUGAUUUGUAUUGAUGAUGACAAAUCUGCUAAGAAGAAGAGCCUAAUGAAGAAGUGUACAAAGUUGCUGGAUAAGAUGAAGGCACAUAAACGGAUCUCCAAGGCGAUACAGGAAUUUAAGACACAUAUCAAGGAGGUGGGAGAUAGGAAUCACAGAUAUAGGACUGGUGUGACGACCACCAAGGAUUCACAUGAGAUGAUUGAUAUUCGGGCUCAGGCUAUCUUUAAGGAUGCGUCAGAGCUUGUGGCCAUUGAUGAACAAAAGAAUGAGUUGAUCAACUUGUUGAUAGAAGAUGGAUCUUUAUCUCAGCAUCAGGUGAAGGUGGUCGCCAUUGUUGGACUUGGUGGACUAGGGAAGACAACACUUGCGAAUCAAGUGUAUGAGUCACUUAAGGAUAAAUUUGACUUAUCAUUCUCCUUGACUCCUCACAUGUUGGAAGUGUUGAGAACUAUUCUCCUUGACAUUAGCGGGCAGGAGUACACCGGAGAUAUGCAGCAUCUUAUGAGAAAGAUAUCCGAUUUCCUUCAAGAUAAAAGGUACCUCAUUGUUGUGGAUGAUUUAUGGGAUUCGGAAUCGUGGGAAGCCAUUCAAAAUGGUUUUAUAAAAAAUAGUUGUGCCAGCAGAAUCAUCAUAACCACACGUAAAAUUGAAGUAGCUCAAUCUUGCUGCACUUUACGUCGGGGUCACAUAUAUCAAUUAUGUCCUCUUAAUCCAGAGAACUCAAGAAAGUUGUUCCUGAAGAGAAUAUUUGGUUCAGAAGAGGGAUGCCCAUCAGACCUCUCUGAAGUUUGUGAUGACAUCUUGAAAAAAUGUGAUGGUUUGCCUUUGGCAAUUAUAGCAAUAGCUGGCUUGUUGGCAGGGAAAGCACCAACUGUAGAUGAAUGGAACAAAGUUCAAUGUUCAUUUGGUCAUGCACUUGAAAGGCACUCGGAUGUCAAUAGAAUGAUACAAAUAUUGUCACUGAGUUAUUUUGACCUUCCUCCUCACCUAAGAAGUUGUCUUCUGUAUCUAAGUAUAUUCCCAGAAGAUUAUGAGAUUGGAAAGGAUCGAUUGAUACUGAGAUGGAUUGCUGAGGGAUUCGUUCAUGAAGAGCAUGGGUUCACCCAAUAUGAGAUUGGGGAUAGGUGUUUCAACGAGCUCAUAAACAGAAGCUUGAUUCAGCCAGUGGAUUCAGGUUUUUUUGAUGUGAUUUGCUGUCGGGUCCAUGACAUAAUUCUUGAGUUCAUUCUGUCCAAGGCUGUGGAAGAGAAUUUUGUAACUCUGUUUGGCCUUCCUAACAUAAGAGUUCAUCCAGAUAGGAAGAUUCGACGGCUCUCUCUACAGGACAGGAAUGAGGUCAGUGAUGCCAUAGUAGGCUCACGGGAGAAAAUAAUAUAUUAUCAUGUCCGUGCAGUUGUGGUGUUCCCUGGAAGUCUUGAUAGCCUCCCUUCUCUGCAGAAGUUCAAGCAUUUGCGUGUUUUGGAUUUAGAAGACUGUAAGAGACUACAAGCCCACCAUCUGACACAUCUAGGCAGGUUAUUUGCAUUGAGGUACUUGAGCUUUCGUAACACAUUGAUAGAUGAGCUUCCUGAAGAAAUUGGAGAGCUACAAUAUUUACAAACACUAGAUAUAAGGGGUACUCAUAUAAAAGAGCUGCCAUCCAGUGUUGGCCGCCUUUCACGGUUGGUCACUCUAUUAUGUGAUCCCAAUGUGCAGCUGCCAGAUGGAUUUGGGAAGAACAUGCAAGCAUUGCAGCAGUUGGUGGGGUCCAUCAGUGUCUGCUGUCAGUCACCUAGCUUUGCACAGGAGCUUCGUCAGUUAAGAAAUCUACGGAUACUAGAGAUAUGGUUUGAUGAUGUGGUUAGCGAAGAUUUGGUGUCAUCUCUGUGUACACUUGGUACAGGAUGCCUAAAUUCUUUGACUAUAAACGCUUGGAAAGUGCCCAUGAAAUUGGUGAUGGAGCCCUGGAGCCCCACUCCUCUCGGCCUCAGGAUACUUAAAAUCCAAUGGAUUUUUGUCCCAAGGGUACCUAGAUGGAUCGGUUCACUUGAUAACCUUCAGGAUUUGAGACUCUCAGUUGAGCAACUCGGGAUGGCAGACUUUGGUUUGCUCGGGAGUUUAAACGCUCUUUCCAGCCUCUGUCUCUCAGUAAAGAUCAAAGUUGCUGACAGAUGGUCCUCCUCCCAAGGAACACAACGGAUCAAGAUCAACGGCACACAUGGAUUCCCAUCCUUGAGAAGGUUCCUAGUCGGUUCAAAAUCCUGUGCAUUUGGGUUGUUGUUCGAAGGUGGAGCCAUGCCAAAGCUACAAGAGUUGUCUCUCUCAUUCAACAGUGACAUAACAGGGUCUCUCACCAAUGGAGAGUUUGAUUUUGGCAUCCAGCAUCUACCCUGUCUUGCUCUCGUAGGAUGUUUCUUCAGGAAAUAUUUUGAUCCCGACGACCCCGCGCGGGAAGCCAUUAAGAAAGCGGCCACAGCCAUCAUCCAUCCGCGCUCACGGACUGUGCGGGAGGCUGUCGUGCGGUCAACAGUCAACACCUUCUUGUCCGAGGAUGACAUUGCUACCAAAAACCUGGAUCCAGGUGUCGAUUCUAGACAUGCCCGUGCAGUUUCAGUGUUUCCAGACAGUCUUAAUAGCCUCCCAUCUUUGCAGAAGUUGAAGCAUUUGCGUGCUUUAGAUUUAGAAGGCUAUGGAUUCAGGAACAUGCAAGCCUUGCAGAGGUUGCAAGACAUCACAGUAUGGAGUCAGAUACCUAACUUAAUGCAGGAGCUCUGUCAGCUAAGAAAUUUACGGAUACUGAGGGUGUGGACAGAUGUGUUUACCAAAGAUUUGGUCUCAUCUCUGUGUAUACUUGGUACAGGAAGCCUAAAUUCUUUGACUGCAGGAACCAACGAAGAGUCCAUGAACUUCGUGAUGGAGCCAUGGAACCCCACCCCCAUCAGCCUCAAACGACUUGAAAUAUUGGGUAUUCAGCUCCCGAGGAUCCCUAGAUGGAUCGGCUCACUUGAUAACCUGCAGCUUUUGGGGCUCAAUGUUGACCAACUUGGGCCGGCAGAUGUUGGUUUACUCGGGCGCUUAAGCGCUCUGUCUAACCUCUAUCUCUGGGUAAUGAUUGAAGUAGCCGACAGAUUAUCCUCUUCUCAAGAAGCACAACGGGUUAAGAUCAGUGGCGCACAUGGAUUUCCUAGCUUGAGAAUGUUCCGAGUUGGUUCGAUUAACUGUGGGUUUGGGUGGUUGUUGGAAGCUGGGGCCAUGCCAAAGCUACAAGAGCUCAAUCUCGAGUUCAGCAGAGAUAAAACUGGGUCUCUCACCAAAGGAGAAUUUGAUUUCGGCAUCCAGCAGCUCCCUUGUCUUGCUAUCGUAAGAUGUGACCUUGGUUACUUUAUAAAUGCAAACUAUGAGCCCGAGCACCCCGCAUGGGAUGCUGUUAAGAAUGCAGUCAGUUCCAAUCCUAACCAUCCCAGGUUGUAUCAUGGGUUGUAG